AAGUGUAUAUCCGUAUAUAAGGUAUAAAGCGUGAAUAAGAAUUUCAAUUAUAAAAGGACUAUUUCUCGUAGACUAAGUAAUGCGACAAUGCGAAGUGGUUGGCUUGUUUUAUUUUUUGUGUCUAUAAUUGAAUGUCAUAGACAUGAGCAUGAAAAAAAGUUCCUCUACUUUGCUUAUGGUAGUAACUUGCUGAAAACACGGUUACAAAUCAAUGCGCCGUCAGCUGUUUUUAUAACUCCUGCCAGAUUAACGGGAUACAGGUUGGAUUUCGAUAACUACUCUCCGAAUUGGCGGGGUGCGCCAGCAACCAUUGCUGCAAUUCCUAAGGGUGAGGUUUGGGGCGCACUGUGGCUUCUAAAUUAUAGCGAAAUGGGUGCACUGGAUGAGCAAGAAGGUCUGAAGGAUGGCUUAUAUGAAGCGAUAGACGUGAAAGUAUUAAAUCUCAACAAUCAUGUAAUAACAGCUAGGUCAUAUAAAAUGACUAGUGAUCCACCAAAAGUGCACCCCGAAGUAUUACCUCUACAAAGAAGACCCAGCAACACGUAUAUACAGGUAAUAGCUGUAGGAGCUUACCAAUGCGGGAUACCGUCUUACUACAUAGAGUUCAUCUACAGAUUCCCAACUAAUGGUCGUACUGCCACUGACAAACUCAGCCAGGAGCUCGGUUAUCCCUUCAAUGAAAAUAUACAAAUAAGUUUGAAGUACUUUUUUGUUUUCUUGAAAAUUAACAACGGUCCUUUUAUAACCUUUUUCGGCACCACCCGGUAUUUCAGUUUGCAGUGUUAGUGCACGUUAUUACGUGGGUAACACUAAAAAUGUUUAGAACUGGCCAGUUAGAAAUAUUGCUAAUGAAAACUUUAUUUUCAUUUCAAUUUUAGAACUCUUUGGUAACCUAAUAUAUACUACAUAUUGCAUUCAUUUGUCAUUUGUUUUUGUGAAUUGGCGGCAAAUCUGAAACUCUUGUUACACGUGAAAAUUAACGAAACGCGAGAAAUUUUUUAAAUCUAUUCUGAACUCUACUGCGAAACACUGAUGAGAUUAAAGCAAGGAGUUGAGAGAAAGCGGCCGGAAUUAAUCAACAGAAGGGGUGUGGUUUUUCAUCAAGAUAAUGCUAGAACUCACACAUUUUUAGCCACUCAGCAAAAAUUAAGAGAGCUUGGCUGCGAGGUGUUAAUGCAUCCGACGUAUAGACCUGACCUUGCACCUUCAGAUUUCCACCUGUUUCGGUCUUUUCAGAAUUCUUUAGGCAGUGUCAGGUUAACAUCACGAGAGGACUGCCAAAACCAAUUGUCGCGGUAUUUUGAUCAGAAGCCCCAAAGUUUCUAUAGCAAUGCGAUCAUAUCUCUACCUACAAGAUGGCAAAAAGUUAUCGAACAAAAUGG